AUGGCGAGUUGCUCCUUCGCUGGCAACCGAGCGCUAAGGAGACUGAGAGCUGCAGCAGCAGCAGCCUCCGCAGCUCUAGCAGCAGUGGCGACCACCCCGCUUCUUUCCUCGGGAACCCCGACCGCACUCAUUGGGACCGGGCCGUCCUGUCCGGGAGCCAUGUGGCUCCCCACGGCCACUGGCUCCCGGUCAGACUCUGAGUCCGAAGAGGAGGACCUCCCCGUCGGGGAUGAAGUCUGCAAACGCGGCUACCUGAGGAAACAGAAGCAUGGGCACAGACGUUACUUCGUGCUCAAACUCGAGACCGCAGACGCCCCGGCUCGGCUCGAAUACUACGAAAAUGCCAGGAAGUUCCGGCACAGUGUCCGCGCCGCGGCCGCUGCGGCAGCGGCUGCCGCCUCCGGUGCUGCGGUCCCCGCGCUCAUCCCGCCGAGGCGAGUGAUCAUCCUGUACCAGUGCUUCUCCGUGAGCCAACGAGCUGAUGCCAGGUACCGAUACCUCAUUGCCCUUUUCACCCAGGACGAGUACUUCGCGUUGGUGGCCGAGAACGAGUCGGAACAAGAAAGCUGGUACUUGCUCCUCAGCCGCCUCAUCCUCGAGAGCAAGCGCCGCCGCCGCUGCAGCUUGCUAGGCGCGCAGCCGGACGGAGAGCCGGCGGCCCUGGCAGCAGCAGCGGCGGCGGAGCCACCCUUCUAUAAAGAUGUGUGGCAGGUAGUAAUAAAACCCAGGGGGCUGGGGCACAGAAAAGAGCUGAGCGGCGUGUUCCGGCUGUGUCUUACCGACGAAGAGGUCGUGUUUGUAAGGCUCAAUACCGAAGUGGCCAGUGUGGUGGUCCAGCUCCUGAGCAUUCGUCGCUGUGGUCACUCAGAGCAGUACUUCUUCUUGGAAGUUGGCAGGUCCAAUGUCAUCGGUCCAGGGGAGCUGUGGAUGCAGGUGGAUGACAGUGUGGUAGCCCAAAAUAUGCAUGAGUUGUUUUUGGAGAAGAUGAGAGCCUUGUGCGCAGACGAAUACAGAGCCCGAUGCCGCAGCUACAGCAUCAGCAUCGGCGCCCACCUGUUAACCCUGCUGUCCACUAGGAGGCACCUGGGCAUGCUCCCGCUAGAACCCUGCGGCUGGCUCCGAAGAUACCGCUUGGAGCACCUUUGCCACCUCAGGGCUAUCAGUGAGCGGGAAGAGAUGCUCUUUAACAGGCGCAUUAGACCCUCCCAGCCUCUACCUCCAUCCAGGCUAGGAAGGGGGCACCUGCCCAGAGCCCACAGGUCCAGGAGAGCGGUUUCAGUACCACCCACCUUUUCCCACCGCUUAGCAACUAGCCCCUCGGUACGUGUCUCACACCGUGAAGAAGUCUCCUACGACAGAGCUCGUGAGCCCUCGGGCUCCAACUCUGGCAACUCUGAAGGAAAAGACAAGGACGCUGAGGAAGGGAACGAAGGUGAUUAUAUGCCCAUGAACAACUGGGGCUCAGGAAAUGGCCGGGGGUCAGGAGGUGGCCAGGGCUCAAGCGGUCAAGGCUCCAGUAGUCAGAGUUCAGGAGGAAACCAGUAUUCAGGCGGCAGGCAGGGAUCUGGAGGUGGCCAGGGCUCAGGAGGCCAGGGUUCAGGAGGAAACCAGUAUUCAGGAAAUGGCCAGGGCACGGCAGGUGGCCAUGGCUCAGGUGGAGGCCAGAGGCGUGGAGGUGGCCAUGGCUCAAGUGGUGGCCAGGAACCUGGUGACGGUCAUGGCUCAAGUGGUGGCAAGAACCCAGGAGGGGCCAAGGGCUCAGGAAGUGGGAAAAACUCCGAUGAUGGUGAACGCAGAAAAUCUCUGAAGAAAAGAUCGUACUUUGGUAAAUUCACUCAAAGCAAGCAACAGCAAAUGCUGCCACCGCCGCCACCGCCGCCUCCACCCCCAUCAACUGGAGCAACUGGUGGGAAAGGGAAGUCUGGGGGAAGAUUCCGACUUUAUUUUUGUGCGGACAAGGGAGCCACAAAAGAACGCAAAGAAGUCAAAGAGGUGAGAGAUAUGGAGACCCUAGGAGGUGCAACUCGGGCGCCUUACAGAGCCAGAGCUUUUGAUGAAGACGAGGAUGACCCAUAUGUGCCAAUGAGGCCAGGGGUGGCUGCUCCCCUUGCGUGUUCCAGUGACUAUAUGCUAAUGGCUCCUCAAAAUUCCUCCGCUUCAAAGAUGCGCCACUCUAGGUCACCAUUUGAAGACUCCAGAGGGUACAUGAUGAUGUUUCCCAGAGUGAGCCCACCGCCACCUGCCCCACGUCCUCCAAAAGCACCGGAUACUAAUAAAGAGGAUGACUCUAAGGACAAUGACAGUGACAGUGACUACAUGUUUAUGGCUCCUGGAGCGGGUGCGAUUCCUAAAAAUCCCCCCAAUCAGGGAGGCUCUUCCUCCAAAAGUUGGAGCUCUUACUUCUCUCUGCCAAGUUCUUUUCAGAGUUCUCCCUUGGGACAGAGCGAUCAUAGUGAGUACGUUCCGAUGUUGCCUGGGAAAUUCCUGGGGAGGGGUCUAGACAAUAAAACCUCCUUUAGCCCUCGCACCAAAGAUGUGGCUUCAGAGACUUGCACUGAAAGGUCAUUCUCAAAACCUGGAGACAGGUGGUCACCUGCAAAGCCUUCAGAUGACGAGUCCCCAGUGAACAAGGCUGAGGGACUUAACCGACCUUCUUUUAUUGCAAAAGACAAUGAAAUCAAGACCAAACCAGUAAAGCCUUCUUUUAUUGCAAAAGACAAUGAAAUCAAGACCAAACCAGUAAAGCCCACACAGGAGCAGAGGGGAGCUGAUAGCUCUCAUGACUAUGUCAACAUUGACUUCAUUAAGAGAGAGCUCCGCGCACCAGCUCUCUCUGCUCAAGGACUGCCAGAUUCCUGGGGCUUAAUUAUUGACCCCAGACGCAGAGGUAUUUCUAGUUACUUGAAUAUUGAAUUCGGGGUGCCCUUUCCAAAUCCAGCAAUCCGUUUCUCAGAUCUUUUAAGAGUUCUACCUGGUGCCAGCGCCUUCUCUCUGGCCCGUACUAGGUGGCCCUUUUGUGCUUUCCCAGGCAAUGCUACAGGUAGUAUUGUGGAAGAGGGUGAAUACAUUGAAUUCAUUUUCAACCCAGUCAUGAGACCAAUCGUGCCUUUUGCUAACCGUGCCAUUCGCUACGAUGCUCUAACCGGCCAAAUCUAUGUAGUCGACCCAUUUUCUGAGUGUUGUAUGGACAUUUCUCUCUCUCCUGGUCGGUAUGCUGAGCCACCACCUGUAGCUAGGCUGCUGCUGCAGGAGGAAGUGCAGGAGAGAAGACGCCCACAAAGUCGUUCCCAAAGUUUAUUCGCCAAUAUCCGAGCCGCGGUCUCUGCUUUCCCCACUGACUGCUUCGACAGAGAUUUUCCCGUCGCUUCGGCCAGGGUUGCUGUUGUAACUGAGGAGCCCCUCUUGGCAGUGAGCCGGGCGUUAGCGGUGGUCUCUGCGCUCGCAGCGGCCCCCGGCUUUGGCGUGAUCUUUGGCGGCUUCCAGAGCACUGCCAGAUUUGACUCCGCCUCCUCUCGCUGGUUCCAACCUGUUGCUAAUGCUCUGGGUGCCCAGGUUGUAAGAGGGGUCCAGGACAUUGCAACAGGCUGGAAUCAUGGAGCAGGUAACCAAGCUGCCGGAGGUGAGGACCUGGCGGCCCGCGCAGCCGCUCCCCCAUCUCCACCUCGCCAGCGAAGGGUGCUUAGACCCCCAGAAAGCGAGGAUUCUGAGGACACCGAGGACGAUGACGACGACAUUUACGUGAGAAUGGACUUUGCCAGACGUGACUACAAGAAGUGA